AUGGCUAGUGGUCAAGCAGAAAAAGAAGGAAUUCAAGCUGAAUACCUAUCAAGGCAAGGUAUAGACAUGGGCUCCUUCAUUGCAAAAUAUUUGAGAGCUGGAGAGGUGAGACGCAUAAUAUUUUGCCCUGAUCACUCUCGAGCUGUGGCGUUCUUGCAUAAUGGGGCUAUUAUUGAUGGCAAAAAGGUUCAAGAACCGAUUGUGGUGGUGGCUUAUCCGCACAGUGCCCAACAAUUCUGGGCGGAUGUGCGAAAAGAAGAAGAAGAUAUGGGAAUAUCAGUAUCGGAUGGUGUACCACUGGAUAUGUACACUGGAAUGACCCUACUCAGGAUGGUCGAACUUACUGUUGGUGUGCUAAUAAUUGCCUGGUUGUUAACGCAGUACGGUCGUCUCAUUCGACAGAGGAUACUAGCUAACAAGCUGAAAAAGGGCGGGGGCGGAUCAAUGUAA